GUUUGAAUUCUGCAGUUCCCAGGAUUCCCUGCCACUGAUCCAGGGCAGGGAAAGCAGCCCCAAACUGGGUUAUCUCUGUAGUGUGGACCAACUGCCUGCUGGGCGUCCAGAAAGAGGCCCUUUUCCUCCUCCUCCUCCUCCUCUUCUGGGAAACAGUAGAGUCGGGGCAGGAAGCGGCCUUUUUAGGUGAUGGUUGUUGGUGUCAAACUGGAUUGCAGUAUUUGCUGAGAGUCAGUGUGGAUGGGCCUUAAAGAACGCCAUUCUUUGUCCUCAGGGAAGGGAAGCAGCUCCUGAGUCUCCUCAGCUGGGCUCCAUCGCAAGGCAGCGGGACAGACGGAAGCCAAAGGCAGGCCUCGCCCAGAGGGACCCCUUGGGAGCGCAGGAGGAUAUUGGCCCAUAGAGAACCAUCCAUAGGGAACCCUUGGGGGACCUGUGUAUGUAGGGAAACACAGGAGAAGGCUUCUCCAUAGAGCAUCACAGCAGACUAUUUGCCCCUAGUAAAGAUACACUCAGGAACCCUCCUCGCCCAGAAGGAAACAGGGCCCAGUCUCCCCUUGGGCUUCCCAGUCUCCCGGGUUUCCUGGCUGUGGCCAAGCGCGGCCCUUCGGCCUCCUCCUCCUCCUCCUCCUCCGUCGUGGCUGCUGCUGGCGUCAGCGAGGGCCGCCAUAUUGACGGAGAGGCGCCUCCUCCUCCUCCUUCUCCGCCUGGAUUACUCGGCGGAGGGGCUCCGGGCCGGGCCUCCUGAGGCGAGGCGGAAGGGCCGGGGGUCGGGAGGGUCUCGGCCUCCUCCGCCAUGACUUCUCUCACGCAGCGCAACUCGGGCCUGGUCCAGCGCCGCACCGAAGCCUCCCGCAGCGCCGACAAGGCCGGGAAUGGCGCCGGAGGAGGAGGCGGCGGAGGCGGAGGCGGCGGAGGGGGCAGCGGCGGAGGCGAGGAAGAGGGCCGCAGGGAGGCCCCCGGCGACGAGGAGAAGGGCGACUCCAAGGAGACGCGGCUCACCCUGAUGGAGGAGGUCCUGCUCCUGGGCCUCAAGGACCGAGAGGGUUACACAUCAUUUUGGAAUGAUUGCAUUUCUUCUGGACUUCGUGGAUGCAUGUUAAUUGAAUUGGCACUGAGAGGGCGUCUUCAGCUGGAGGCAUUUGGAAUGAGACGCAAAAGUCUUCUAACUAGAAAGGUAAUCUGCAAAUCAGAUGCUCCUACAGGAGAUGUUCUACUUGAUGAAGCUCUGAAGCACAUUAAGGAGACACAGCCACCAGAAACAGUGCAGAACUGGAUAGAAUUGCUUAGUGGUGAGACGUGGAAUCCGUUAAAAUUGCACUACCAGUUAAGAAAUGUACGUGAACGAUUAGCCAAAAAUCUAGUGGAAAAGGGGGUUUUGACAACAGAGAAACAGAACUUUCUCCUCUUUGACAUGACCACGCACCCUCUCACCAAUAACAACAUUAAGCAGCGCCUCAUCAAGAAAGUUCAAGAAGCUGUUCUUGACAGAUGGGUGAAUGAUCCCCACCGCAUGGACAAGCGCUUGCUGGCUCUCAUUUAUUUAGCCCAUGCAUCCGAUGUUCUUGAGAACGCUUUUGCCCCCCUUUUGGAUGAGCAGUAUGACCUAGCUACAAAGAGAGUGCGGCAGCUCCUGGAUUUAGAUCCUGAAGUUGAAUGUAUGAAGGCCAAUACAAACGAGGUCCUGUGGGCUGUAGUAGCAGCCUUUACAAAAUAACUUCAAACAAAUUGCUCAAGUGUUCUUUUACCCAUUUCAUGUAAAUCAGUUUCUCUUCUAUUGACGAUCCAUGUUUCUGUCAUCUGUACCUCUUCUUCUCAUAUGAUGAAAAUCUGCUCUUGUUCAUGGGAAUGGUAGGUGGUCUGUUCUGUUCUGUUUCAUGUGUGUAUGUGUGUGUCUGCUGCAGGAUUCAGCUGCUACAAAAGAGCUUCCUGUUCUUAAACAUGCUGAACUGUUCCAUUGGCAUGCUGUUUCUUAUCACGUUUUUAAGUUACUUUAUCUGAAUUUGUAUUGUACUCCCUUUUCUUCCACUGGAAUAGUUUUCAUGCAGAAAGCGUCUCACAGGAGAGAACCAACACCUGGUUUCUAGUUGAUUCAGCUGCGUGAUGAUCUGCCUCAGCAGUGUGUGGCAGGGCAUCAUGGGCCCAAAUCAUGAAGACAUCUUGAAGUUGUCAAUGUUAGUUAUACAGAAGACUCAUAGAACAAUUUAACAGUUUAAAUCACCAAGCCUCAGGAGCUGAACCCUACUGAAAUGGAGUAGAGAUGAGCACAAUAGUAGUAAUCUAGUAAGAUAUGCUCUUCCUUUCUAGAUACUGGUUUGGAAGUACUCAAACAGUUUAAAAAAUAGGAGUAUCCCCAGAUUGGUUCAAAAAAUAGUUUGGCCAUUUCAUGCGUUUCAUGUACUGUAUAAAUCUGUUUUGUCUCUUUGUUUUCAUUUUUUAAAAUAGCUCUGAAUCCUAUGGUCCAGUCGUUUCACAAAGUUGUUUCAGAAUGGGAUACAUUCCAGAGUAGUCGUACAUAGUAAGAAUUGUGUAAUUAGCAUACAAACACAUCUUAUUAAUUUUAGUAAAUUUCCAAAUUUGAACUAAUUGUACACCUGGGGAUCCAUUAUUUGUUUUCAACCACUGUCUCUUAGUGGUAAGACAGCCCCCUAUAAAGUAAGUGUGUGUGUAUGUGUGUGUGUGACACCCCUCUAUCUAGUGUCUCUGGAGUUGUGCCAUUCAGGCACAAUCUGCCUAUGCAUUGCCUUUAUAAAAAUUUGUUCUAUGAUGAGACCAUUUUGUCAUUGUUCCUUUUUCCUUUGGAUGAGUACAAUUCUUAUACCAGUACAAUUCUUGGGUGCAGUUUUCAAUUUUUGUAUACAAGUUAUUAUUGUGUCUCAUAUCGUUAAUCUACUUAACACUUCAGAAAAGAACAACAGUUGACCAUCUUAACAAGUGUUGCAUGUAAAUUUUUACCAGGUGAUUACUACAGUUCAGCCAAUUAAGACUUCUGUAGUAGGAAGCUCUACUGUGUUUUAAUUUUUAUAUACAAUUAUGCUGAUUAGCACAUUAUUGUAAAAUAUAUAAACCAGCUUUUUAAAGAUUAUUACCUCUUUUACCAUUGCUUGUUCUGGCUCCAUUCACAAUGUAAAUAUUAUGUAUCGUACAAAUUAAAGACUUUUUUCUCUUUUUGUUUUCAAAUAACAGAACACACUAAUAAUGGGGCUGGUGUCUAGAAAUGUUUGGUUAACACUGAAAGCAGAAAAUACUAAAUGACAUAUAUAACUGUAGUUGAAAGUUAAAGGGAUCCCCAAUCUGUAUACUAGCUUUUUACCUACAGUAAAUAAACUAUGAUCUUGAAAGUGCCUGAAAAAGA